UCCUCCAAAUCUCCCCUGCCACAGGUUUCCGAUUGACUGCUCGAUAGGAAACUCAGGUGGGACCUGAGGCUCACACGUCCCCUGCUGGUAGGUGGGCGCAUGCGCCGCGCGCGCUCUCGCAAGCUGGCCCGGGGCGAGUAGAGCUGCCAGAUACUUUUGCCAUAUGAAGUUGAACAUGGCAGAAGAAGAGGACUACAUGUCAGAUUCCUUCAUUAAUGUCCAACAAGACAUCAGACCAGGAGUGCCAAUGCUGAGGCAGAUCCGAGAAGCCCGUCGAAAAGAAGAAAAGCAACAGGAAGCUAAUUUGAAAAAUAGGCAGAAGAGUUUAAAAGAAGAAGAACAAGAAAGACGUGACAUUGGGUUGAAGAAUGCACUAGGCUGUGAAAACAAAGGAUUUGCUCUGCUCCAAAAGAUGGGAUAUAAAAGUGGUCAGGCCCUUGGCAAGAGCGGAGAAGGUAUUGUUGAGCCAAUUCCUCUCAACGUCAAAACAGGAAAAAGCGGCCUUGGUCAUGAGGCAUUACUGAAACGGAAAGCAGAGGAAAAACUAGAAAGCUACAGGAGGAAGAUUCACAUGAAAAACCAAGCUGAAGAAACAGCUGCAGAGCAAUUUCGACUGCGAUUUAAACAUAAGCAUGAUGAAGUGAAGCUGGAAGGGGACCUGAGGAGAAGCCAGCGAGCAUGCCAGCAGUUGGAUACUCAGAAGAACAUUCCGUUUCCCAGGGAAGCAUGGUACUGGUUGGGGCUUGAAGAGGAGACUGAGGAAGAGGAAGAGGAAGAAAAAGAGCCAGAUGAAGAUGAAUAUAAGAGUGAAGACAUAAGUGUACUGGAAAAAUUACAAAUAUUGACUGGUUAUUUAAGAGAAGAGCAUCUGUAUUGUAUUUGGUGUGGAACAGCCUAUGAAGAUAAAGAAGACCUCUCUUCAAAUUGCCCAGGACCAACUUCGGCAGAUCACGACUAAGAUUAUUCUCAGUAAAGUAGAAACUUGGGAAAUGUUUCCUAAAAAUAGACAAUUGAACAGUUAGAAUUCCCAGAUUAUGCCUAAAGAAAGAGGGCCUUUUAUAUGUUGUGUUCUUUUUGUAACUUUGGAAAUACUUUGUACUUUAUAGUUGUUCAUAGACUUCAAAAAAAUAAUGGAAUGCUAUUUCAGAACACCAGUGUUACAGACACGGGCAAUUACAAUUCAAGACUCGAUUGUGAUGCUUCUGGGGCUUAAGGAUACCUCUCUUAUUCCCCUCUUCACUCUGGAUCAAAUUGAGAAGUAAGACAUGGGAGUCAGAGAUCAAAGUGUCGGCUUUAUUUAUUUAUCAGUGAAGCUGGAGUAGAGAGCAAGGUUGACUCAUUCUCCUGUGAGGCUCCCUAAAAUAUCUCCCUGCCUAGACACAACUACAGACCUCUGCCUUGCCAGGGAUAGAGCCCACCUUUGCAUUCUGAGACCAUUCAGCUUUCAAGGUGAGAGAACCCACCAGGGGCUGGGCCACACAUGCUGACUUCCUCAAUUGUAUAAUUGAGCUCUAUUAUACAAUUGAAUAAUACUAUUUAAUAUUUACCUUUUCACUUAAAAAACAAUAAAAUUGAAUUAAUAGCUAAAACAAAGACGUUCAUCUUUCCUUGGAAUUACAGUCAGAUACUUCCUGUCCUCUUAGCCAAUAGCCUGAUACUCAUGCAGUCAUUUCCCAAAGCCACAUGGAUUGAUUUAGAUGGAACAGAGUUAGGCACCAACUUCUUUUUCUCCUGUUAAUGACCAUGGAGACCACCUGCCUAGUGGCCAAGAAUAUUUUUAAUAUGUUCAUGCAUAAUUAGGCUGAGAACAUACAAAUAACUUUGAUGGAGUCUGUGACUCUACCAGAGUUGUGGUCUGCAUUUCCAGGUCAAGGGCUAGAACUAGGCCUCCCUUGGGGAGUGGGAAGCAUCCCUCUAUUCUUAUCCAUCGACAAUGAAAAAUACAGGCUUUCAGUGAGUAAAAAUUUAUUUUUAUUAAUGUAAGUCUUUGUUGACUUCACAAGGACAAUAAUGAAAACCAACAGAAGCAAAACGUUAAGAAUUUUUAAAUUUGCCUUAGUGAAUUUGAAUUUGCUUCAGUGAAAUUUAUGUGAAAUUUGAAACUUAAAUUUUAACAUGUCGUGUUAUUUACUUUUGUUUAUACUGUGCUAAGUUUUCAAAGUCUUAUCUAUAAUUUCUAAAGUGUUUCAUUUUCUUAAUAUAAAUCCAAAAUACCAGAGCUGCUAUAAUUCAAAAUAAACAGACUUUAACAUAGAAAUUGGUUUGCCUUAAACACCUUUAAGUGUUAUUUGCCAUUUAAUUGUUGAAAUUUGGAAGUGAACAUUAUUUAGCAUUAGACACAUUUUGUAGGAUCAAGCAUAUGAAAUUCUUAAUACUUUUAGUUCCCACCAAUUCAAAAGCACUUACGGAGUUUCUGCUUUAUGCAAGGCAGUACAUUCACCGCCUUGGGGUAUACAAAAAUGAGAGAGCCCGUCCCUGCUUUCCAGAAAUUCACAGAAAGAGCCACAUAGGAAUUACUGAGCUCCAAGGCAAAUUGGUGAGCAUAAUACUGAGGUACUGAACAACAGCAGUACUAGGGAGAAGUUUCAUUCUGAGCAGGGAUGAUGGAACACUAUGAAAUCACUGAAUUUGGUCCUCAAUGUAACCUGGAUACACAAAGUUAUGAGGGUUACAAAGUGACCCAGCCCUUCCACCCCCAGGUAUUCACCCAAGAGAAACGAAAAUAUGUCCACAUAAAACUUGUCCAUGAAUAUUCACAGUAGCAUUGUUCAUAAUAGCAGGAAAGUGGAAACAACCCAAAUGUCCAUCAACUGAUGAACAGAUAAAUAAAAUGUGAUAUAUCCAUAUAAUUGAUAAUUCGUUGGCAAUAUAAAGGAAU